AUGUGUCAAUUCAGUCGACAAUUAGUUUUGCAAUUAAUAUUAUAUUUUGCAAUUGGCCAUAUUUAUGGGAAACAAGUGUUCAAGAGUAUUGUUGGCGGGGGUGCGGUGAUUCAACAGAAAUAUCCUUAUUAUGUGCGUCUGCACUAUCGGGGAGAGUUCAAGUGCGGCGGUUCGUUGGUGCGAAACAAUGCUGUACUCACGGCUGCGCACUGUGUGGAAGACUUCAGUGUGGAGGAGCUGAGCAUACACGCGGACACCAUUAAUUUGGACGACAAUGGAGUGGUUAGAACGAUCAAGUACGCGCUGGUUCCAAAAGAAUACGAUAAGGAGACAAAAAAUUAUGAUGUAGCGGUGUUGAUACUCUCCUCUGCCAUACCGAGUGCAUCGGUGAUAACAUUGCAUAAGACCGCGGUGGCUGUCGGUACGAGUUGCUUGGUUAUUGGUCAUGGUUACACCAAAGAAAACGGCGUCGUCUCAAACCAAUUGCAAGAGAUCCAUGUACCUGUCGUGAGCCGGAAAGUUUGUCAGCACAAAUAUCGCGGUAUCGGCGCUAUUACACAAUAUAUGAUGUGCGCUUCGGAACCGGGCAGAAAGGAUUCGUGUUCGGGUGAUUCUGGCGGUCCGAUGAUAUGCAACGGUAAACAGGCUGGCAUUGUUUCGUGGGGUAUGGGUUGUGGGCGUGUCGAAUAUCCGAGCGUUUACACAGACAUAAGCAAGGUGCAUGGUUUCAUUGAACAUGCACUUAAAUUAUAUGCGUAAGCAGGAAGUGGAGCAGAAUUGUAUGUUUUUGCCAUAAGUACUGUUAUCUUUGCUUGACAAUAAUCUAUAUACUUAUUAUACAUAUGUACGCAUUAUAAAUCGUU